AGAAAAAACGGCGGCACAAGCGCCUUUUAAUUUUGUAUGUGAAUCAGAGAGUUAGAAAAAAGCCAAUUUAGAUUGUAGCAUAUAAAAAAUGUAUGUAAAAAAGUUGGUGCUUGAUGGAUUCAAGUCCUAUGGAAGGCGCACUGAAAUCGAAGGAUUCGAUCGAGAGUUUACGGCCAUCACAGGUCUAAACGGUUCAGGCAAAUCAAACAUUCUCGACUCGAUAUGUUUUGUGCUUGGCAUCAGUAAUUUGCAAAAUGUGCGUGCGUCUGCGCUGCAGGAUUUGGUGUACAAAAACGGUCAGGCCGGCAUAACAAAGGCAACGGUCACAAUUGUAUUCGACAAUACGAAUGCGCAGCAGUGCCCGCCAGGAUACGAAAAGUGUCGCGAGAUCUCCGUGACUCGUCAGGUUGUUGUCGGUGGUAAGAACAAGUUCCUCAUCAAUGGAAAGCUUGUGCAGAACAAGAAAGUUCAGGACUUUUUCUGCUCGAUGCAGUUGAACGUCAACAAUCCGAAUUUUCUAAUUAUGCAGGGAAAAAUUCAGCAAGUGCUAAACAUGAAGCCCAAGGAGGUGUUGUCAAUGGUUGAGGAAGCGGCCGGCACAAGCUUAUACAAGACGAAACGCGAUGCGACCAAGACGUUGAUUGAAAAGAAGGAGGGCAAGGUGCGGGAAACCUCUGCCUUACUGGAGGAGGAAGUGCUUCCGAAACUGGACAAGCUGCGUAAGGAGCGCACAGCGUACCAGGAGUACCAGAAAACAUGUCGCGAUAUUGAAUUCCUCACGCACAUCCACAUUUCGGCCAGAUAUCUGAAACUACGUGACGCCCUCCAGUCAGUAGAGGCCAGCGAGCAAAAGAUAGAGAACCGCAUUGCCAAUUGCCGCGAAACUCACGCCAAUAACCUGGAGGAAGUUGAGCGUAUUGAAGUUACGGUCAAAGAAAUACAACAUAAGAUAGACGCUGAAAUGGGAGGCAGUCUUAAGUCCCUCGAGGCCGAACUUGCAGCCAAGCGUGCCGCCGAGGCAACCGCCUCGGGCAGUCUUAAGGCUGCACAGGGCACAAUUGAGCAGGAUGAAAAGAAAAUACGUAUGGCCAGUAAAAACAUCUUGGACGAUGAGCGCGCGCUGCUCAAGAAACAGGAAGCCAUGUCAAAGGUUCAGGGCGAGUUCCAGAGCCUUAAAGACGCCGAUGCAACGGACGCUAAAGCCUAUGAGGAUGCACAGCGGAAAUUUGAGGCCGUAUCGCAGGGUCUGUCUACCAACGAGGAUGGACAAGCCUGUACACUGCAGGAACAGCUAAUCGCUGCCAAGCAACAACUGAGCGAGGCACAGACCACAAUUAAAACAUCGGAGAUGGAACUGCGCCACACGCGCAGCUUGCUUAAUCAAAAGCAGGGCGAGACGCAGACCAACGAUGCAGCCUACAUCAAGGACAAGCGACUGCACGACCAGCUUGAGGCUGAAAUCAAGAACUUGGAGCGUCAGUUGCAGGGCCUCAACUACGAGGGCGGACAGUUCGAACAGCUCAAGGAACGCAGGCAACAAUUGCACAACCAGGUGCGCGAACAUAAGCGCGAACUUGACCGUCGCAGCGGGUCCCGCUUCGAGCUUCAGUACCAUGAUCCGGAGCCGAAUUUUGAGCGGCACAAGGUGCGCGGAAUGGUGGGAAAGCUGUUUAAGGUCUCUGAUAUGCAAAACUCCAUGGCCCUCAUGAUGGCAGCUGGCGGUCACUUGUAUAGCUUUGUAACGGACGAUGAUGUGACAAGCAAGAAGAUCCUUCAGAAAGGAAAUUUGCAGCGACGUGUCACAAUGAUACCUAUCAACAAGAUCAAGUCCUACCCUCUGAGCCAAAAAGUUGUCGACUACGCCAAGUCAACCUACGGCGCAGACAAUGUGGAAUCUGCCUUGUCGCUGAUUGAAUUCGACCGAUACUUCGACCCGGUGAUGAAGUUUGUCUUUGGCGGAACACUGAUCUGCAAAGAUUUGGAUGUUGCCAAGGGGCUAAGCGCAGAUAGAAACAUUGGAGGUCGCUGUGUAACGCUAGAAGGCGAUGUGGUAGAUUCAAAUGGUACCUUGUCUGGUGGCUCAGCACCGAAAGGCGCGAAUAUACUUGAAGAACUGAACUGCAUUAGGAGUUUGGAGAAGGAAGUAAAACAAAAGAUGAAUGAGCUAACCCAGGUGGAGCAAGAAUUGACUGCUAUUGAGAAUGUAGCGCACAGCCACAAUAAGCUAAAGGAGGCACUUGACCUGCGCCAGCAUGAGCUGUCCAUGUGCAAGAGCCGUUUGGCGCAUACAACAUUCCAGCAGAACCAGGAGGAAAUCGAAGAAAUGAAGGAGAAGGUGAAAAGCUUAGAGCAGCAAAAUGCAGAGGCGCGUGAAAAACAAAAGAGCUCACAGGCCAAAGUAAAGGAUGUAGAGGCAAAGUUAUCCGAUGCGAAGGGCUAUCGAGAGCGCGAGCUUAAGGCGGUCAGCAACGAAAUGAAGGUAGCCAAGCAGAGAGCCGAGAAGUCACGCGCUAACUGGAAAAAGCGUGAGCAGGAGUUUGAGACGCUGCAGCUGGAAAUCACAGAGCUACAGAAGAGCAUUGACACCGCCAAGCAACAGCACCAAGAGAUGGUGGACAAUCUUGAAAGGUACAAGGCUGAGCUCGAUGCUCUGCAGAAAAAUAGCUCGACUGCGGCCACGGAUGUCGCCGAGCUAGAGAGAGAAAUUAAAAGGCAAAAGGAUAAUCUGAACACUAAGAAUAAGGAAAUGCGUACGCUUUUAGGCAAAAAGGAUAAAAUGCUAAAACACAAUCAAGAACUUGAACUGGAGGUGAAGAAGAAGGAAAACGAAAAGAACAAAAUAAGUGGAGAGGCAAAAGAUGCUAAGAAACGCAUGGAUGCCCUGGAGGUUAAGUACCCCUGGAUACCAGAGGAGAAAAACUGCUUUGGCAUGAAGAACACGCGCUAUGACUACAGCAAAGAGGAUCCCGUUGAGGCCGGCAACAAAUUGGUGAAAAUGCAGGAAAAGAAGGAGAAAAUGGAACGCACGCUCAAUAUGAAUGCAAUGCAGACACUGGAACGCGAGGAGGAGAACUAUAAUGAGACGGUGCGCCGACGUCAAAUUGUUGCAUUGGACAAGGAGAAAAUCAAGAAGAUUAUUGUUAAAAUGGACGAGGAGGAGCAGGACCAGGUAAAACGGGCCUGGGAGGCGGUAACUGAAAACUUUAGCAGUAUAUUCAGCACCCUGCUGCCAGGCGCCCAAGCUCUACUCAAUCCUGUCAAGACAAACGGCGUACUUAGUGGCCUCGAGAUAAAGGUCGGCUUCAACGGUGUCUUUAAGGAAAGCCUGGGGGAGUUGUCUGGUGGUCAAAAGUCACUGGUAGCUUUAUCACUAGUGCUAGCCAUGCUGAAGUUCUCCCCGGCUCCGCUCUAUAUCCUCGACGAGGUGGAUGCUGCGUUGGAUAUGUCUCACACUCAAAAUAUUGGCAGCAUGCUGAAGCAGCACUUCAGAGACUCACAGUUUCUCAUCGUCUCCCUGAAAGAUGGCCUCUUCAAUCACGCCAAUGUGCUGUUCCGUACGCAAUUCUUGGAAGGCGUCUCCACCAUUACGCGAACUGUUGGCCGAUCAGUUGCGAAGCGUUAAAUAUGUCCACAUAGUUAUUAGCCUUUACGAAUAAAAUCAUCUACGCAAACA